CAAGAUUUAAAACUGUGAGUAUCUUGAAUUUACGCCAUUUCAUGGGCAAAUCUACUGCCAUGCUGUCAGGACAUCUCUAUCCGUCAUUAAGAAGCGAACUUGGUUGUUUUGGUUGGAGAAUUGGGGUGGAUUGGGAUCAAUCAGGAUGGAUGACGCUUUCAGCAGGUUUCUGACUUGGAUUUACCUCUAUCCUAGACCCUCAUGGCCGUCAAGACUCCCAUUGUUAAGAAGCGCACAAAGCACUUCAAGCGUCACCAGUCCGAUCGUUACCACAGUGUAAAGGAGGCAUGGCGGAAGCCCAAAGGUAUCGAUAACAGAGUGAGGCGUCGCUUCAAGGGUCAAUCUGCUAUGCCCAAAAUCGGUUAUGGAAGCAACAAAAAGACCAGACAUCUUCUCCCUAAUGGAUUGAAGAAAUUCCUCGUUAGCAACGUGCGUGAACUCGAUCUUCUGCUCAUGCACAACAAAAGCUAUGCUGCCGAGGUUGCGCACAACGUCAGCAGCCGAAACCGCACAACGCUACUGGAGAGGGCAAAGGUUCUUGGGGUCAAGGUCACCAACUCAACGGCUCGUUUGCGGUCAGAGGAGUAGUUAACAAUUUCUCCUGUCUUGCGUCUUCAUUAUGUACACCUCCCCAUGAAUAUGAAAGGUCCUUGACGAAUUA